GAGGGUGCUGUUGCGGCUGCUGGAGGAGUCGGGGUCCACGUGGCGGUCGGAACCGCCGGGGUCGGAGGGUCGGAGCCUGCCGUAGUUCAUUUGCUGCGGGGAGACAGUGCGGCGGUGGUAGAGAGAGAGAGAGAGAGAGAGAGAGAGAGAGAGAUAGCGAGCGAGAGGGAGAAUGUAUGCAGAGACUGGAUUGUUGUUCCCUUGCUUCCAGAAUUUCUACCCAGAAGUUCAGCAGCUUGAAGAGUUCUAUAGAGCUCAGAAAUCAACUUCUUCUCUGGGUAACGUGGUUCAGGGCUCCACCAUAUCAGAAUAUGACCUCGGUGGGGCAGGGGAUCUAUUCAAAGCUCCAGAGCCAAUAAUUGAGGUGCCAAUUGCAAGGCUUGAUCCCAUGACCGCAGCCAUCUCAAUGAUGUCUGGCCCGGAAGAUGUCAUUUCCUCUCAAGGCGUCAAAGCCAGUGAUAUCGUAUCACUUCAGGGCGAGCCACUCUUGAGUGAGGUUUUCUAUGAGUGUAAGAAGGAUCUCUUAGCAAAAGGUGCAAUCGGUGCCUCAAUUGCAAAUUUCAUGGAAAUGAAAGUUCCUCUGAUGAGUAUUGAUGAGAACCAAUCCCAAGAGAACAAUUUGCCUCCCCAGGUACCAUUCCCCAAGUGUGUUAGCUCGGGAAGUCUGAGUUCCAUGGGAAUCAUUAGUGGACUGAGGCCAAGUUUCCUCGAUUUCGCCGAGGUGGACUUUAGAGAUGGAACGGCAUGUGGAAUGCGGAGGGCAUUUAGUGAAGGAGAUAUAAAGACCCUUGAUGGUGGUAAUGUGGGAUUCCAAUCUCCACUUCAGCAGCCAAUACUUAACAGCAACAACACCUCCGAAGGACGCUGGGAAAAGCUUUCUAGAUACAGAAACAAGAAGAGCAAGAGGAACUUUGGCAGGAAGAUCAAGUAUGCUUGCAGAAAGGCUCUCGCUGAUAAUCAACCAAGGUUCCGAGGAAGAUUUGCGAAGAUGGAAGAGUCAGACACUUCAAAAGGCAAUAACUGUUAACAAGUCGGACUUAGAAGUCGCGACAAUCUAAGAUAGACAGAUGAAAUAACAGAUCAAGAUCAGUGGCCACCCUCUCAGAGGCUGACUCGGUCGAGACUUGAAAUGACUACUGGAGGAUUUUAGGUUUAAUUUCUUAUCGAUUGUCGUCACUUGUUAGUAGACUUAAAUGGCCAAGUUAGAUUUGUACAUGGUGAGUGUUGAAUAAAAGGUAAAGCCGAGAAGAAUGUAUUCGACAUGUUUGAUAAUGUUAAUAAGAGCAGUGUUAUUUGGUUUC